UGUUGACGUCAGUAGCUGUGCCUGUGUGAGAUUUUCAACCUUCUAAUGUCACGUGUAAGGCUUUCUAAGAUUUAUCUCCUGAAUCACGGUUGAGUCUGUUUUUAUACAUUUAGAGACAAUGUUGAUACCAUUCAGAAGGGUGUUGCUUACUGCAACCCGAAAACACAACGGUAGACUUUUUUCGAAGUCUAAUACCGCUUUCAGUACAAGAAAAGGUUUAGUUCUUGGCGUGUAUGAGAAACAGUCAAACAAUGAUGGGAUACAUCUCACGGAGGCUGCAGCGGCAUUUGACAGGUCGAUCUCAGGAAAACUGUCAGAAAUGCUGUCGAUAUCUGGACCUCCCCUGAAAAAAGGCAAGAGCAGGAUCUUCUAUGGUUUACAUCAGGAUUUCCCUAGUGCAGUUGUGGUUGGUCUUGGUAAGAGUGGCACAGGUGUGUGUGGAAAAGAAAACUGGAACAACUGUAAGGAAAACAUCCGUGCAGCUGUGUCAGCGGGCUGCAGGCAGCUUCAGGAUCUGGAGGUAGCUCAUGUCGAGGUGGACCCUUGUGGAGAUGGGCAGUCAGCAGCAGAGGGCGCUGUGCUCGGGCUUUUUGAGUAUGAUGAGCUCAAAACCAAGAAGAAGGUCCGUGUCACGACCCAACCAUAUGGGAGUGUGGAUUCAGCAGCAUGGCAGAAAGGUGUUAUGUAUGGGGAUGGGCAGAACCUGGCCAGACAACUAAUGGAAGCUCCAGCCAAUCACAUCACUCCCACAGUGUUCGCAAACACGAUAGAGCAGAAACUCUCACCCUUUGCUCACAAAGUGGCUGUCCACAAGAGGCCUCAGUCUUGGAUUGAGAGUGAGCAAAUGGGGGCUUUUCUAAGUGUGUCUAAAGGCUCAGAGGAGCCCCCUAUCUUUCUUGAGCUGCAUUACAAAGGCAGUUUAGACUCUGCACAACCUCCUCUUGUGCUGGUGGGAAAAGGAAUCACCUUUGACAGUGGUGGAAUCUCUCUGAAGCCUUCUUCAGGCAUGGAUGCCAUGAGAGCAGAUAUGGGUGGAGCAGCCACUGUGUGUUCUGCUAUCGUGACGGCAGCAGCUUUGAAACUCCCCAUCAAUAUCAUCGGUUUGGCACCACUCUGUGAAAACAUGCCUAGUGGAAAAGCAAACAAACCGGGUGAUGUUGUCCGUGCCAAAAAUGGCAAAACCAUUCAGAUUGACAACACUGAUGCGGAGGGCAGGCUGAUUUUGGCUGAUGCUCUGUGUUAUGCUCACAGCUUCAAGCCCAGAGCAAUAAUAAAUGCGGCUACGCUUACAGGUGCCAUUGAUGUGGCCUUAGGUUCUGCUGCUGCAGGCGUGUUUACUAACUCUGAUUGGCUGUGGGAGCGGCUGCAUAAGGCAAGCAUUAUUACUGGUGACAGGGUGUGGAGGAUGCCACUGUUUCAGCAUUACACAAAACAAAUAACAGAGAGCGCACUGGCAGAUCUGAACAACAUUGGAAAAUAUAGCCGUUCAGGUGGUGCCUGCACUGCCGCAGCCUUCCUGAGAGAGUUUGUGACCGCUGAUCAUUGGGCUCAUCUCGACAUUGCCGGCGUCAUGACCAAUAAGGAUGAAGUUCCAUACCUGAGAAAAGGAAUGUCUGGAAGACCUACACGUACGUUGGUGGAGUUUGCUGCUGGUUUGGCCUUUGAACCCUAAUGUGACCAUUGUGACCUUUGACUUGGCUGCCUCAGAAGUACAGUAUAUCCAUGAUGAUCAGUGUUCAGAACGAUUAUAAAUACGAUUGCUGCUGAAAUUAGCAGACGCUUAGCAACAAGUGAUCAACACAGUGAAAGAAUUAAAAAAAAAA